UUAGGACUUUGAGAAAUGUCUUUCCUGUUUUUCAGGUUUUUUGCAGAUUUUGAAAUUCCCUACCUCCAGAAGGAUAAAAUCACACGAAUUGAGAUCUGGAUUAUGCAUGAAAUCGGGGGACCCAACCUGGAAUCCUGUGGAGAAGGCAGUGUGAAAAUCCUGGAAGACAGACUGAAGGGGAUGGGUUUUCAGUACAGCUGUACUAAUGAUCACCUGCCGGUGAAGCUCUUAAUGUGUGUGGACCACAGCACGCAUCCUGACUGUGCCUUAACUUCCUCAGUGCCUGAUUAUGCUUUGAUUGCUGAAACAUCCACUUCCACAAUGGCUAUUUCCAGUGGACAAGCCACCAGCCACAGGACUGAAGAGCCAGCGCCCAGCCCCCUUUGAGUUCACUGAGUUUUAGAGAUCUUGGUUGAUUCAAUAACUGCUCAUUCAGGCCACUGUUUUUUCUACUUGCCCUCGCUUUAAAUCCCCUCUCUUAAGUUUUAAAUUCACCAGUAAAGACUGAGUCCCCAAAACCCUAGGCCUUCACCCAUGACCGGAGUAAAAGCAGAACCCCAUACCUGUGUGUGUUCUCGCUCUACCCACAACUUCACUGUGUGUCCCAGGUAUGCGGGGUAAUUUCCAGGUCCUAUAAGUAAUAAACUUUCCCCCCUCAAA